AUGGAUUAUGCUUGGCCUACUGCAGAAGCUUCAAUGCGUCAAGCUCGAAGGCAAAUGGUUCCACCUUUACCACAUACUGUGCUCGAACUAGGGGAAUAUCUGGACCUGAAUAAUAACAGAUACAUGUGUAACAACUCUCUUUUAUAUCAAGGAUGGAUUAAUGAUAGUAAUGACAAUUACAAUAUAAUGUUUGCAUGUCAAGAUUUAAUAAAUGCUGUAGUCUAUCAAGGUGCAACUGAAAUGCAUGCAGAUGGAACAUUUAAAGUGGUACCUUCUAUGCCUCAUUGUCGUCAGCUGUUUAUAAUUCAUCUAAUCCUACAAAAUCAUUCCAUUCCUGUUUGCUUUGUGUUGAUGCAAAGUAAAACUGAGGCUUCGUACAAUGCAGUAUUGGAGAAAUUUAAAACAAAAUUUCCGAACGUGAGGCCAACAUUAGUAAUGAUAGAUUAUGAAACUGGCCUACGAAAUUCAUUUUUAAAUGUGUAUCCAGAAGCUGUCGUGUCAUCGUGUUGGUUCCACUAUGUUCAGAGCUUGAAAAAAAAUGUGAAAAAAUUGGGCUACACUAACUAUGUGAAAGAAAACUUAGCAGCUAAAAUGUUUGUGAAAAUGACUGCAGCAUUGGCGUUAUUACCACAUAAUUUGAUUGAAAGAGGUUUUCAAGACAUUAAGACAUAUGCUCAAGAUCACCAAAUACAAUUGUCUAGAUUCUUUACAUAUUUUGCCAGCUUUUGGAUUGCUAGGAAAACACCAGAAUGUUUUUCGGUUCACGGACAACCCCGUCGUACGAACAACAACAUAGAAAGUUUCCAUUCCACCCUAAAACAGACCUUCCAAGUGAUGCACCCAAACUUGUUUACAUUUUUAGAGCAUCUAAAGAAAAUCACAAUGAAACAACAUAUCAUUGUUGAAUAA